GUUGUCGGAAGAGGGAGGGGUGUAGGGAAGGGGUGAGCUCAGUGAGUCUACAGCGGCGCUGCUGCGCUCACACACGGCUCCAGCAGCGGCUUGCGUGCGCGUCUGAGCUCCGGGAUGUCGGCCGUGAAGGCGCUGCAGCAGUGGUGCCGGGUCCAGUGUGAGGGCUACCGGGAUGUGUCCAUCACAAACAUGACCACGUCCUUCAGGGACGGCCUGGCUUUCUGCGCCCUCAUCCACAAACACAGACCAGAUAUCAUCAAUUUUGAUUCACUCAACAAGGAAAAUGUCUACGAAAACAACAAACUGGCGUUCUCGGUUGCAGAGGAGAAGCUGGGAAUUCCAGCACUGUUGGAUGCAGAGGACAUGGUGGCUCUUAAGGUUCCUGAUCGCCUCAGUAUCCUGACAUAUGUGUCACAGUACUACAACUACUUCCAUGGACGCUCCCCAAUUGGUGGUAUGGGGGGUAUAAAGCGUCCAGCGGAGGGCCCCACAGAUGAACCGUCUGGCAAGAAGAACCAGCCGGUGGUGGCUAAGGUGUUCCCCUCGUCUAAGCCUGCCAGAGAGAACAGCCCUCCUCCCUCCUCCAACAUCACAAGACCCUCUCCUUCCCCAAAACAAACCAGAAAUGCCACACAGGAUGUUCUGGUUGAGAAAUCUCAUCAGCCAGGCACCCUGAGUAACAGAUGUGUGUCCUGUAACAAACAUGUUCACUUGGUGCAGCGACAUCUAGUGGACGGGAAGCUGUAUCACAGGAACUGUGCAAAGGUACUAUCACCUACAAACACAACUGCGCCUCUCAGAGAUUUACCCACAAACACUCCUGUUUCCAAAUACGUUCCUCCAAACUCCACUAAAACAAACACGACGACACCCACCCACACCCCCUCCAGAAUGGGACCAGCAUGGCUGGUGGAGAAACCCAGCACCCCUUCAAGCUUCUCCACCACUUUUUCUCCUUCAUCUCCUUCCCGGCCUGCUUCAAGUGUCUUUUCCACUGCUAAAGAAAGUCAGACCGCUUCUGUCUUCAAACCCACAGCUUCAAAGACUACUUCUGAAUCUACUUUCGUUACCACCACCUCUGUCAACACCAGGCCCACUGCUGCCCCUCGCCUCUCAACCACAGCAGCUAAGACAAUGCAAUCCAAGCUCAAGUUCUUCCAGUCAGACAGCAACACUAAGAAUGAGGAGAAAAAUACUACAGCCAUCAACAUGGAUGUAAAUAAAGGGCCGUAUGUGAGUGGAAAGGUCCAGGAGGCCACAGCAGGUCAGACUGUGACUGUGGUUGUGAAUGUUGGCGGUGCUGGCAAAAAGGAAACAAAUGUGAACUUGGAUAAAUAUGGGGAUGCAACUAAAAACACUGGUGUGGGUGGAAAGGUGAGUUUGAAACCGGAAGACAGUGAGAGUAAUAAGUCAAAAGCAUCAGCAGCAGCGUUCAUCUCCAAGAAACUGACUGAGGAGAACAACAAUAACAACAGUAAGCCAUCAUGGCUGACGGUAGCCACGAAGAAAACUGACAAGCCUUCUCUGGUCGAGACUCCCAAGAGAGAGACAGAGACUGUCAGAGGGAGGGUGAAGCUGAAAGCAGACCGGUCAAUCCUCGCUGACCUGCAGCCUCUGGACACCGGGAGCUCUGCUCCGAGCCCAGCCAGCAGGAGCGGAGGGGGCCCAAAGCCUGGCAGUCCAUCACCCAGCGCCUCAGCAGCAUCAGAAAACGAGUCUCCUGCAGGCUGGAGGUCGAGGCUCAAACCUGUCGCCAAAGAAACAAAACCUUCUGGUCCACCUAAACCAUGGGCUAAUGGAGCUGGGAAGUCCCAGACUUCAGAGCUUUCUGUUAGGCCUUCUUCGUCCUCCUCUAAUGUCCCCAGCCCGAGCAUUUCUGUCACUCCUCCACCAUCAAAGGGAUUUGAAAUCGGUCAGAGAGAACAAACUGCAAAUGGCACCAAGUCAGAGUCAAAUACUUCAAAGACGAAGCCAGGCUACAUUCCCAAAGAGGACAUCGUGAAGGAGCUUCAGGAAAUUGAAGAUAAUUUGAACGAGCUGGAGAAGAGAGGAGUCGAGCUGGAGAUGAAGCUCCGCAGAAGCGAGGAAGAGGGUGAAGAUGACUCUUUCAUGGAUGAGCUUAUGGUUGAGUGGUUCACUUUGAUCAGGAACAAGCAGGUGGCCAUGCGCCGGGAGUCUGAGCUGGUCUACAUAGGAAAAACCCAGGACCUGGAGGAAGAGCAGCCCAGUGUUGAACAGGAGCUCAGGAGACUGAUUGAAAAACCAGAACAUCUGAAAACAGCCUGGGACCGAAAGAGAGAACAGCAGCUGAUGGACAAACUGGUGGGGAUUGUCAACGACAGAAAUGCAAUCGUAGAAGGUCUGGACGAGGACAGACUCAGGGAGGAAGAGGAGGACGAGCAGCUAAACAAGAUGAUGAUGAAUUUCAACAUAAAGAAGGACAAACCAAAGAAAAAGUCUCCGGUGGCCAAACUCUUCAGCUGGGGGAGCAAGAAGGAGGGAUGAUGCUGCUUAAAACGCACCGCAGGUUUUUUUCUUUGAUAUCUUUGCUGCUCUUGUAGUAGUCUUAAUGUCAGUGUGCUCAGCCAGUGAUUCGUGGGAUACGCUGGAUAAAUGGAGAGUCAGUCAGUCAGUCUGUCACAUUCAGUGCUUCGAGAAAAAUGCCCUUCCCUCUGUCGACUGCAUCACUCAAGAUCUGACGUUACCACACACACACAGAUGAUGUUGAGGGGUUAAUGACACACCAGCCGUGAUGUGAUUGGGUUCAGCGCUCCAGUUGUUAGUUUUAAUCCCCUUCUAGUCUUAAUCUGCCUACUUAAUGCUCACACACAUGCACAAACACACACACCCGCUGUCUCUGAAUAUCUCUUUGCUUGUUCUGCUUAUUCAAAUGUUGCUUGUAUACAGUGGCACUGAUGCUAAUGGGAGUUAACAGAGAACAAGACUUAUCUCAGAGGUCCGACAGCUGUAUCUUGCCCCCUGGUCAUGUUUUAGACCAGACUACAAGUCACUCGUGACCCUGUGACUAACCUCAGGGUCACGUUCUGACACUGUUGUUGUUGUUGUACGUUCUGAACUGCAUUUCUCUUUUAAAUACAACUCUCAGACAUUUUUCUUGGGACAGUAGCUUGGACUUGUAGCUAAGUUUGUUUAGAGCGCUUCCCCUUGAUAAGGUGACAAGUUCUUUUUGAACUGAAUCAUUAUAUUACAUAAUGGAAUUUUCUAGUCCAGUGGUUCGCAAGCCGGUGGUCGAAACCCUCUUCAGAGGUUGGGAGAUAGGAAAACAUAUUUCUGCUCUCUCAGCCUUUUUUUCCUCUCUCUCAUGAAUUAUUGCAUGAUUUUUCCUUUUCAGGCCUCUUAAAAAGUAAUCAAAUAAAGGAGUCUGAGAAGGAAUAAUCAUUCUGUGGUUGAAUUUGUCAGAGCCUGUGGAUUAAUGCAACCUGUGAUGAGGAGUCACAAGUUGGCAUAUCUUCGUUUUAUGGGAUUGCAAACCACUGUUCUAGGAACUGUGAAUAGAUGUUCAGUCUUGACUUUUGGAAACAAUAGAUACUGAAUAAUCUAAGCUCAAGGGUACUCACUAAUCAUUCAGAGCUUUCACCUGUAAGUGCACUUUUGAGCUAUAUAUAUAUAUUCUGAUACCAAUUUUAUGAACUCUUCAACAUAUAACAAUUGAUAACGAUUUAAUACGCGUUUGAUGCUGACACACAUUUGCAGUUGUGAUCACUUUUCUUUGGGACGUUUUACUUUCUUAUACAAUCGUGUUGUACUUGAAUGUGUGGAGGAAUUUUGCAUUGUAAUGGACGACUAGAGAAAAGCAUGAAUCAGGUUUGCGUCUGACUGGAUGUUUGUGAGUCCUGGAAAUGGAUGAACUAGUCCAUAUUGGAUAUGGAUUUGUAGAUGUUUUACAUAUACCUUAGCUGAAUCAACUGUUUCUGCGUCAUGGUGUUUCCGUGUACUUUUGCAAAAGCGCUGAAGCAAAAUUUUGUGUUGUGACCAAACUCCUCACUUUUAUCGGGACUAGUUGGUAAUAAUGACAUUUAAUAUUGUAUAUAUGUUAAAGGUCUUGACCUCUUUAUGUUUGUGUUUCUCAUUUGUGUAUAUUGUAUAAAGUUGGUACCCGCAAUAGUCUGAUUAUUAAAUGCAGAAACUGGCCUGGAUUAUAAAUAAAUUACUGUAAUAAAUUUACUUACAUUUUAUUAAAAAGUCGACAUCAUUAGUGGAUUAUGUUGCUCUUUAUCUAUUUAGAUGAAAAUCAAGUUGAAUAUAAGUUGAGUGGUGAAUGUGAUCAGUGCUUAGUCUCCUAAAGGUUAUCAAUAUCAUAUCACUUCCUUACUCUCUUUAAAUUGGGAAUUGCACUUUUCUCUGUAUAACCACUAGGAGGCAGCAUGAGCCUUUUCAUGUGACUGAAGCUCUUAGAGCCCAGAUCUUUGGUCUUUUACAAAUAACAGAUUGAAGGCCCAUCCCAGACAUAGCCUCAGAGACAUUUGGAUUUAUUGUUGUAUAAUUUGUAUUCUAAAGAAAACAUUUUAGUUUUCAGCUUUGGAUUUUUCUUCUGUUCUCACAACAGGAAACCGUCGAACAAGCAUCACUUUCUGCCGCCUCAAACUUUGUCUGUCAUCGCUGUUUUUUUCAAUUACAUAAUACACACGUUAUCUUCGAUUUACAUUUACAGGUAUAAUGCUGCAGAUCACAAAAAAACAGACAGACCAGUUAACAUGAAUACCAGUUACAAAAGUUUCUUACUGUCUACAUAACAAAUACAUCAAACUGAGGCCAGUAUGCCAAUUUUCAUUACCAGGUUUCAUGAGCAGUAGUAUGCAUUUUGUAUGCUUUUUUUCUGAAAUUAACAACAAACUAGUAACUCAUUAUUUGUAGUAAACAAAAUAAAAAUGUCAUAUGACAUUUGAGGAUGCUGAGAAAAUACAAUCAUCUUGUUUUUGUAUAAAAUAGAAGUCCGAAAGUCUGUACUAAAGAUUUCUUGACCAAAAGCUGAGCAGUCCACCAGUUUGUGUCGUCCUACCUGUAAAUGAUACAGCUGGGUCGUGAGUACACAUGCAGAAAAAGACUGUGCAGGAAAACUGUCAGUACAAACAGCUGCUAAUCUACUGCAACAAAACCACAGAAACACAGAGCUUUGAGUGACGAGGUCAAACACACAAACAGUUUCGCUCUGCUACAGUUAAAAUAUCCAUUUACAGAAGAAGAGAGAAAUAACACCAUAAAAGAAGAAAAGAGACGGGAAAUUGACUUUUAGCUUCUGAUUGUUGUUUUUUAUAAAAUAUCUUUUAGUAUGAAAAUACAAAACUGUGUAAUCUUUUCCUCUCUAAAGGCAACAUCUGUUCCUGUUGUUAUGUGUGAAAACCUGUGUAGAUUUUAUUUAUUUUUUUCUCUCAAACCGUGAUAAAAUGUUCCGUCACUG